UCAUUUGGCUCGGUCGGGAAUCGAACUGGCGACCCUCAGAUUACCAGCCCUACCUGGGGCAGGAUCGGCUACCUAAACUCCAAUCUCACCAUCCAAUCAGCAUACUAACUGUCCAAUGUGGAUUGGAUUUAGGCCAAUCACGUCUUUGAGUGAGAAUGGAUACAGCCAAUCACAGCGCUUCUAUCCAUUGUGAGUCCGUUGGAAAACUUACUGUCAGAAGAAAAGUCUGUUGGCUGUCACUGUAUAAGCAUACUGCUUACUAUCAGUACAAACGUACAAGAAAGCAUCAAAAUGAGCACCAAGCCUAAGAGCAAAUAAAUCCAUGGAGAUGGAGAGUGGAUUGCGAGGCUUGGGCAUUUGCUGGCUCAGGGGUUUGGCCUGCUGGAGGAGGCAAUAGACCUGCCCCAAGGCAGCGGAAAUUGCAUGACCUCUAUCAAAAGAUUGAGAAAUGCCCCAUGCAGACUCGUGGACAGACCGCCCUAUUUGGAAGGUCCAUGGUCUGUAAUUGUGGAUUCCAUGCUGUUAAGACUGCCACUCAGCUACCUCAGGCACCACAGUCUGUGGCUUCAGACUUGUCCACUGGUGCUGCAGCCCAGCCUUCUUUCCUGCAGCCCCCUCUGAGUGUGUCAAUGUUCACUAAAUCACGCUUUGGUGGGUCACAGUCUGCCUCAGUGAAGCCCAAUAUUGUAGCAAGGAAGACCCCCAGCCCUGCUUCUCCUCCAUCCUCUGUGAGGACCCCCAGCCCUGCUCCUCCUCUAUCCUCUGUGAGGACCCCCAGCCCUGCUCCUCCUCUAUCCUCUGUGAGGACCCCCAGCCCUGCUCCUCCUCUAUCCUCUGUGAGGACCUCCAGCCCUGCUGUUAGCGCCAGCCUGGAAGUAGUCACUCCGACCUACUCCCCCCUGCUAAUGUGCGCCUUCCAUCUGCGCUCCCCCACCCAGGCCCGGCUCUCCAGUACCAACUGCCCUGCAGCACCGUGGGCCAGGCACGGUUGAAGAGAAAGGUCCCGUCCACAGAUGUGACACCUGUGCCAUAAAGAUGCAUGCCCAGCGUCAGCUCUUCCCUGCUCCACCCUCGGCCCCUCGUCUGUUGGUGCUGGCUCCGGUGACCUCACAGGUGCCUGUCUUCAUUGCUGCUCCACAGGCCCUGGGAGGUAUCUUCCCUGCACCUCCUGCUCCGGUCCGAAAACUAACCCGCCAUGUACCCCACAACACGUGCAAGAAAUGCGGGCAGUUCAGGACAGCCCAGACUGGACACAGUCAGUACAAAGGGACCGUGUACUGCCCCUCUGUAGAGGCUGUUCCCAAGGAGCAGUGGUUGGAGGACAUGAAAAAAAUAUAGAUGCCCCUCUACCCCCCUCCCAGAGGCAUGGACACUGGGCUAGUGCCCCUCUACCC